AGACACUUUCUUUCAAAGCUUUUAAUCUUGCAGUACGUUGUGCAUCUCUACUUGUACGUCCCUCUCUCUAAAAUUUCCCAGAUCCGUCUGUUUCUCUCUCUAGAUUCUUCGAGUUCUUAUAUACACCGGAUCGCUGAUUGUCGAGAUUAGAAGUUGUUGAAGCUUGGUUUAGUGUUUUCUUGAAGAAAUCAGGGCUAAAAAUGGCGCAAGCUGUGGAGGAUUGGUACAAACAGAUGCCUAUUAUCACUCGUUCGUAUCUCACAGCUGCAAUUGUUACCACAAUCGGUUGUUCUCUUGAGAUCAUUUCCCCUUAUAACUUGUACUUGAAUCCCAGACUUGUUGUUAAGCAGUAUCAAAUCUGGCGAUUGAUCACCAAUUUCCUCUAUUUUCGCAAGAUGGAUUUGGACUUUCUGUUUCACAUGUUCUUUCUUGCUCGAUACUGCAAACUUCUAGAAGAAAAUUCUUUCAGGGGAAAGACUGCUGAUUUCUUUUAUAUGCUCUUAUUUGGUGCGACUGUUUUGACCACUAUUGUACUUGUUGGAGGGAUGAUACCUUACGUGUCAGAAUCUUUUGCCAAAAUAAUCUUCUUGAGCAAUUCACUGACUUUUAUGAUGGUUUAUGUUUGGAGCAAGCAAAACCCAUUCAUUCAUAUGAGCUUCUUGGGUCUCUUUACCUUCACAGCAGCUUACUUACCAUGGGUUUUAUUAGGCUUCUCUGUUCUUGUUGGAGCUAGUGCUUGGGUCGAUCUACUUGGAAUGAUUGCUGGCCAUGCCUACUAUUUUCUAGAAGACGUGUAUCCAAAAAUGACGGGACGCCGACCUUUAAAAACGCCUUCGUUCAUCAAGACACUAUUUGCUGACGAGGCGGUUGUGGUAGCACGGCCUCAAGAAGUGAGAUUUGCAGCACCACCCGUUGAAGAAAUGAGAAGAUGAUCAAGCAAGAUAUUAAAUGUUCUUUUUUCUAGAGGUGCUAUGCUAAUAUGUUAGCUUUAUACUUCUCAAAUUGCACAUAACUUGAUGUUUUGUAAGCUGUUUGUGUAAAGAAGAAAUAUUGAGAUUUAGUAGUAGUAUAUUCCUAUUAUUCUUUUUGAA